GAAAAAAAAUUGUAUGAGCUUUUAUUUAGUGGCCCAUCAAACCCAUGCUCUAUCUUCCUCGCAGCCCCGCUCAGGCUCGGUCCUCAGCGCAGAUCUUCUGCUCCUUGCCCACUCGCGCUCAGGCUCGGUCCCAGGAUCGGAUCUUCCGCGCGUCGGCGGCUCCCCCUCGACGGCGUCAAGCGACGGAGGGGCAGUCCCAGUCUCGGCGGCGGCGUCGGCGGCUCCCCCUCCCGCCUCUCGCCAGUCGCCUCGCGCCUUCGCCUCCGUCCUCCGCGCACCGGCCGGCGACCCUGCGUUUUCAUUGAUCAGUAUGGUGAAUGAAAAUGCAGAGAAAGAUCAUGACACUGGUCCAGAAAAUAAGUUAAGACACAAUUUCCGAUUGGGAGAUAUAACAUGGGUUAAGUGCAGUGGUUCUUCAUGGUGGCCAGCCCAGGUCAUUGAUGAACUAUGUGUUGGUAGCAAGCCUAAGAAGAAAGACAAGUAUGAUUGCCUAGUUCGGCUCUAUGGAACAUGUCAAUACUUAUAUGUAGACCCUUGGAAGUCUAACUCAGAAUUUGAAAUGAUGCUGAAGCAAGAAAACAAGAGCACAAUGGAAGCAUUCCGUGAGGUGCUUGAGAAGGAGCUCUCUGGCGUUAACUUGUGCAGUGAUUAUGAGGAUGGUUAUGAAGAGGAAGCUGUCAACUCAAAAGGUGGUGACACCAAAGGGACCUCAAAGAAGACCUCUUCUAGAAAAGCCAGAAAACAAGAAGGUGUGAAGCAGCUAUAUAAUGAAGAGGAAGACCAGAAUGUUGGGAGCAAUGCAACUGCUCGGAAAAGAAAGGGUGGGCGUGCAAGACAAUCAAGUUCUACUCAUGAUGAUAAAGAUAAUAGUGACAGUUCAGCUGAAGGUUUCAGGAACAAGAGACAGAAGUAUGCUGCUCAAAGCGCUUCGGAUAUACUUGGAAGUGAAGAUGCAACUCAAGGUUCAAAGCAUACUGAAAUAAAAGCUAUGGUCAGGGAUAUACUGUUCAAGGACAUUAUUGACAAGGAGCAUGAUGCUGAAAUGGCUUACGUGGAUGAAGUGAUUAAUGGCAUUUGUAAUGCUACUGACAGUGUGAUUGGUAGUGGUGAUGCUUGUACCAAAGGCGGACGAGGCCUCAAGCCGAGUGGUAGUGGAGUGGAGGGUGAGUCAAGCAAUGCCCCUAGCAGGGGAACAACACUGAUGACACAGGGGCAACUUAGUGCACGCCGGAAUAGGCAAAUCAGGAUCAUGCAAACCCUCGCUCUGAUUGCUCCAUCAGGAUCACCAUUCGGCAGGAAUGAAGUUGUUGCAGCCAUGCACCAAAAAGUCUAAUUCACUUAUGAGAACCAUAAGAAACUAUUAGGUUUAGCGAGACUCCUAGCGAUCUGCAGUCCUCGCCUCCAUGCACUAUGCCUAGUAUGGGUGGUACCUCCAUGGGAUAUUUAGUCACUGUUGGCAUUCAGCUUUUGGGAGACGCCUAUGUAUUGCGCCUGAUCUGCUGGAUUACCUAGCAAUUGCUAUACAGACGACUUAGACUAAGUUUGAUUGUUAUGUAACCAUGUGGUUGGUUCUGUACUGUUGUAACUGCGACAUCUACUUUUAAAACUCACGUGUUGUGCUCACGCUGGCUCACUUCCAUUACUCAUGUACUUCGGCAUGGGUGGAUUGGCCGACGGUGAGCCUCUAUGGCUUGCUAUCUUUACCUAGCGACAAAUAUGGAAUAGCAGGUUGGUUAUUUUGGAGG